GCGCAAUCUGAUAGAGCUCAUUGCCGGCAAUCGAGAGAGAUCGAGAAAAGAAGGCGGCAGCAGAAUGGUGUCUGGAUCGGGAAUAUGCGCCCGUAGAGUGGUGGUGGACGCUCGCCACCACAUGCUCGGCCGGUUGGCGUCCAUCUUGGCGAAGGAGGUCCUCAAUGGCCAGCAUGUGGUGGUGGUCCGCUGCGAAGAGAUCUGCCUCUCCGGCGGCCUUGUCCGUCAGAAGAUGAAGUACCACCGGUUCCUCCGCAAGUGCAUGAACACCAAGCCUUCCCACGGCCCAAUCCAUCACCGUGCACCCUCUAAGAUCCUGUGGCGCACAAUCAGAGGAAUGAUUCCGCACAAGACUAAGAGAGGAGCAGCGGCACUGGGACGAUUGAAGGCGUAUGAGGGUGUUCCUCCACCUUAUGAUAAGGUGAAGAGGAUGGUUAUACCAGAUGCCCUUAAGGUUUUGAGGCUUCAGGCCGGGCACAAGUACUGCUUGCUGGGCAAGCUCUCAUCUGAGGUUGGCUGGAACCACUAUGACACCAUCAAGACUUUAGAGGAGAAGAGAAAAGAGAGGUCACAAGCAGCAUACGAGAGGAAGAAGCAAUUGACAAAGCUUAGGAUCAAAGCUGAGAAGGCUGCAGAGGAGAAGCUCGGUUCCCAACUUGACAUCCUCUCCGCAGUGAAGUACUGAAGUUUGGGCUAGUUGGAUGCUAAGUCCUAAAUACAACAUUAAGAAGCCUUUGGUUUCUCAGCAGAAAGCGGUAUCAACAGCAGAUCUAUAUUCAAGUUAUUUUGUUUUGUUUGUUUUCAACACCAGUGUACCAGACAAUUUGCUUGUUUCCAGUUGUUACUUAUUGUUCUUGAAUCAUGCUUGAUCAGACUCGGUUUUGCAAUGUUUUACUUCGGUUACAAUAUUUCUUUAAUCUAUAUGCACAAUUUUUGCUUGUGAGUCUAGAUAUGUGAUCAAAAAAUGUCCUCCUAAAGCCAUGUUCUGUUUACUAAAGGCGGAUUGUCCGG